GCAUCCAGUAUUGAAACAAAACAGGAAUGGAUCAAAAAUAUCCGGGAAGUCAUUCAGGAAAGGAUUAUCCAUUUGAAAGGAGCUUUGAAGGAACCAAUCCAGCUCCCCAAGACACCAGCAAAGCAGAGAAACAACAGUAAAAGAGAUGGAAUAGAAGAUGUGGACAGCCAAGGAGAUGGUAGCAGUCAGCCCGACACCAUUUCCAUUGCAUCCAGGACCUCGCAAAACACAGUGGACAGUGAUAAGCACUGUGCCAAAGUGAGGCAGAUUGUCAGCCACCAGGAAGCGUGUUAUCUUCCAUAAAUCCCAC